CCCCCCCCCGCCGUCGCCUGGUCCCCAGGCUUUUAGAGGUGGUUGGAGCUUCCUUCCUCGCUGGAGAGCUGUGUCUCAGGAUGGAGUGUAGAUGUCCAGGGGCCGUUCAGUCAAGGAUGAUACCCAGCCUGGCGCAAGCCCCAGAAUUGGAGGCAGCCUUAUGCGGGGACCGGGAAAACCCAACCAGGCGCGAUGUAGUCUGAGGCAUCCCAAACACCCAACGCGACUCUCCAGUUUGUGACCUCAGGGCUUGCCUUUUGCGUCUGAAGGCAUCAGAAUGAAGGAGGAGACAUUCCUGAGAACUGUUGCAUAAGGGAAGACUUUGGGAUCGGACUUAGGGCAAUUCCCUAGUCCUGCUCUUCCCUCAGCUGAUACUCUGGGCAAGUGUCCAUCUCUGACCAGAACUGAGAUCUUAUCUCAACUCUCAGCAUCAUCAGGAUGUCAAGCAGCUUCUUUCUUCUGAAGGCACUUGUUGCUCUUGGGUCUCUGGCAUCCUGGGUGACUGCAGUGAAAGAAGGAGAAUGUCCUCUUGAUAAGAACCCAUGCAAAGAGCUGUGCCAGGGUGAUGAGUCAUGCCCAGCUGGGCAGAAGUGCUGCAGCACAGGCUGUGGUUGGGUCUGCCGAGGAGACAUACCCAAGGGGAGGAAAGGGGAUUGUCCCAGGGUUUCCCAGAAACAAUCCUGCUUUAAAAGGUGCACCACUGAUGAGACAUGCCCAGGUGUAAAGAAGUGCUGUACAUUUGGCUGUAAGAAGCGCUGUGUGGUCCCUGUCUCUAAUCCAAAGCUGGGGUUUGGUGGCGCAUGUCCUGCUGACCCCCUUCCAUGUGAGGAGCUGUGUGAUGGGGAUGCAUCCUGUCCCCAGGGGCAUAAAUGCUGCAGCACUGGCUGUGGCCAUACCUGCCGUGGAGACAUUAAAGGAGGGUGGCGUGGUACUUGUCCGGAUGUUCUGGUGGGCCUAUGUAUUCUUGGUUGCAUGAUGGAUGAAAACUGUCAAGCUGGGGAAAAGUGCUGCAAGUCAGGCUGCGGACGUUUCUGUGUCCCACAAGUCCUGCUUUCCAAACAGACCACCAACUCCAAUUGGACCAUCACUUCUGGUUCUGAAAUAGCAACCCCAGUGCCGUAGUUGCUUGACUUGUCUGGAUAUCUUUAGUGACUCCAGGAGGCUUGUCGUGGCAUCCAGGAGAGGGUGAUGACUUGGGGCUUGGAACAGUCCUGGCCUUCUCUGCUCUGCUUCUCUUCCUGCUGCAGCCUGGAGCAUAGGAGAUAGCUAUGCUGUGGAUGUUGGUGCUCCCUCCUCUUCUCCAAUAAAGGCUGGUGCUGACCCUGUGUCUGUGCUGUCUGGGGCUCGGAUGAGAUGGGAAUCUGGGGGUCUGAGUGUGGCUGUGCAACAGGGAGACGUACCGACAGAGGAUGAGUGGUCACACUUUCUUAGAACACUGAGAUGGUGAUAGUUGGGUGUGGCAAGGGGCGAAAAGAGUGGAAGCCACAUAUAGGCUCACUCGUCAUAGAGCCUCUCACCAGCCCAGGGGUGAGAGGGGCUCCGCUUCUCAGGACUGGUGACAUUUUGAAGGAUAUGGGUUGGGGAUAGAUCAGGGAUGGGUGGCUAGUUUAUUAUAGCUGCUUGAAUGAUGUUUCCUCCUUGGGCCUCCUGUCUUGAAGGCCAGCUCUUCCUUCCAAGUCAAGCCGUUUAUCCUCUUCAGUAACUACCAUACAUUUUUUCCAGGUUAAACAAAAAAUCAUGUAUAAAUGU